UAAAGAGAGCCGCGGCCAUUGUCUCUUGAAAUUGGGGAAAUUCAAUUCGGUUCCAAUGUUUGAAAAGAUAGCAAAGCUACAGCAAUUGAUUCUAUGGUUUCUACUUGUCCAAUCAUACGAGAAGGAAAAGGAAAAGCUACUUGAGCCCACAAGGAAAAGUCAAAAGACUAAGCCAAAAAGUUGUCUGCCAUUGUUUGCUCUACUCCUCUCUAACGUCCUCAAGGCUGUGCGGCGGCUCUCCUUCCGGAGAGGAAGAAGCCUCCCCCGAGAAUAUGGAUUGGAAGGACUCGUAUCAACAAAAUGUGAUCUUUAUAGUUAUGGAAUCAUGCUGAUGGAAGUCUUCACAAGGACAAAGCCUAAUGAUGAAAGAUUCAACGGCAAUUCGAGCUUGAAGGACUUGGUGCAAAGUUCUAUACCUAAUGCUCUAUCAGAUUAUAGAUACCAACUUGUUGCAGGAGGAUGAAGAACACUUUGCAGAAAAGCUGGAUUGCAUAUCUUUUAUCAUGGAAAUAGCUCUAAAUUGCUCAAGAGAAUCCUCAAGAGAGAGGAGCAAUAUGGAGACAGUGCUUAGAGAAAUGAACAAUAUCAAGUCUAAACUGUUGUCAAUUGAUAGAAUGCACUAAAUCAUAAUCUCCGGUCAAUGGUAGAGCUUCUACAGUUGUUUAUGAACUGUUUAGAAUUCAUCAUUUCAUCCUUAAAAUUUCUUGUAAAGCAUUUUGUUACUUGAAUUUAUAAUAAUGUAUCACAUUAGACUUUUAAUCCA